AUGUCCGACUCAACCCUUUACCUUUACACCUCCUUGACCGCGGGCUCCUCGCACAUCGUCACCGCGACUGCCCGCGUGGAGACCAUCCUCAAGGCCAAUAAACUCCCCUUUCGAGCCAUUGAUGUCGCAACAGACGAAGCCGCCCGCAAACUCUGGGGUCGUCGUUCCAAGGGCAAGAAAUUGCCCGGACUAGUGAAAUAUGGAGAUAUUGUCGGAGACCUAGAAGAAAUCGAAGAAUGGAACGAGUUCGGCGAACUGCGCAUGGUGGUAAACAGCGUCCAGGAUAUGGGCGGUAUGCCCGCAACAAGCAACCCAGCCCCCGCACCCGAAACCAAGACCGAACCCGAGCCUAAAACCCCGAAACCCUCCACCAUCAAGAUCCAAAGCCCACCCGCAAAGGAAGAGAAGAAGGACGAAAUGGCCGUCCUAGCUCUCCGGCAAGCUAGCCAUGAAGCUGCCUCGCAGGCGAAGAACAAGGCCGAUGAGAAGAAAAUAUCCUCCAAGGCAGAGGAUUCAGCAGCAGCUACAUCACCCACAGUCAAAGCUCACCGAGGCUCCGUCGCGCCAGAACUGCCCGAUACCGCGCCUGAUUCUCCCAAGACUGUGAAGAGGCCUGCGAUGGUGGUUCCCGAGGAUGCGGCGGUGUCGUCGGCGAACUUCCACGUUGCGAAUGCGGAGAUGUUGGGACUUGUGCAGCAUCAUCGUGGUUCGAUUAUUUCUGCUACUGAUGAGCGGGAGCAGGAUAAGGUUGUUAAGGAGAUUCGGCAGUCUAUCUCCGGGGAUCACCAGCCUGGUGAUGUGGAGGCUUUGCGGAAGGAGGCGGCGCUGAAGCAUUCUUCGGAAGAUCCGGUUCUUGAGGAGAAGGAGAGUGAGAGUGCUGUGGAUGAGAAGAGUGCGGAGAAGGCAGAGGAGAAGGCAGAGGAGAAGGCAGAGGAGAAUGCAGAGGAGAAGGCAGAGGAGAAGGCAGAGGAGAAGGAGAAGGCGCAAGAUGAGGAAAAGGAGGAGGACAAGAAGGACGACGAGAAGGAUGACCUCAAGGAGGAUAAGAAGGAGGACAAGGACGCCGCAGAGGAAGAGUCCAAGACCGAAGCUGUGUCUAGCAAAGAGUAG